CUGCAGGGCCGCCCCGCAGCCAGUCACGGCCAUGGGUGUGGCCGAGGGCUCUCCGGAUGCUCUAGCCGCCCAGCCUCAGCGGUCCAGCUCCCGGCUCCAGCUUCGGGCGGCCUGCCUGCACCCUGAGGCGCCCCCGGAGCAGAUGCCAGCCAUGCAGGAGCCCCUGCUGGGAGUCGACGGCCCAGACUAUGACACCUUCUCUGAGAGGUCGUCCCGGUCGACUGGAGAGAGGACGCUGUUGGGGGCUGUGCAGAAGAAAAAGGUGUUCCUGGCCACAUUUGCUGCUGUGCUCGGCAACUUCAGCUUCGGGUAUGCCCUCGUCUACACGUCCCCUGUCAUCCCAGCCCUAGAGCACUCCUCUGACACGGACUUGAGACUCAAUGAGUUUCAGGCAUCCUGGUUUGGGUCUGUGUUCACCUUGGGUGCUGCAGCUGGGGGUCUCAGUGCCAUGGUCCUCAAUGACCUCCUGGGCCGGAAGCUCAGCAUCAUGUUCUCAGCUUUGCCUUCAGUAGCUGGCUACGCGUUCAUGGCAGGUGCCCAGAACCUCUGGAUGCUUCUUCUGGGAAGGACGCUGACGGGCUUUGCUGGGGGGCUCACGGCUGCCUGCAUCCCGGUAUACGUGUCUGAGAUUGCUCCUCCAGGUGUCCGGGGGGCCCUGGGAGCCACACCCCAGCUCAUGGCAGUGUUCGGGUCACUGUCCCUUUAUGCCCUUGGCCUCCUGCUGUCCUGGCGCUGGCUAGCUGUGGCUGGGGAGGGCCCAGUGCUCAUCAUGAUCCUGCUACUCAGCUUCAUGCCCAACUCACCACGCUUCCUGCUGUCUCGGGGCCGAGACGAGGAGGCGCUGAAGGCUCUGGGCUGGCUGCGUGGGGCCGGUACUGAUGUCCGUUGGGAGUUCGAGCAAAUCCAGGACAAUGUCCAGAGACAGAGUAGCCGCAUAUCGUGGGCUGAGAUCCGGGACCCUCACAUGUACCGGCCCAUCACCAUCGCCUUGCUGAUGCGCUUCCUGCAGCAACUGACGGGCAUCACACCCAUCUUGGUUUAUCUGCAGUCCAUCUUUGAGAGCACAGCAGUCCUGCUGCGGCCCCAGAAUGAUGCAGCCAUCGUGGGUGCGGUAAGGCUGGUGUCCGUGCUCAUCGCUGCCCUCACCAUGGACCGGGCGGGCCGCAAGAUUCUGCUGUUUGUCUCAGCCACCAUCAUGUUUGCCGCCAAUCUGACACUGGGGUUAUAUGCCCAACUGGGGCCGAGGAAUGUGACCCCCAACACCACUGUGAGCCUCGAGGGACUGUCCCUGCAGGAGACGGAGCAGCCCCUAGCCACACCUACCAGCUACAUAACCCUAGUCCCCUUGCUGGCCACCAUGCUUUUCAUCAUGGGCUAUGCCAUGGGCUGGGGGCCCAUCACCUGGCUGCUCAUGUCUGAGAUCCUGCCCCUGCGUGCCCGCGGUGUGGCCUCGGGGCUGUGUGUGUUGGUCAGCUGGCUCACUGCCUUUGUCCUCACUGAGACCUUCCCCCUGGUGGUGAAAUACUUGGGCCUCCAGGUGCCCUUCUUCUUCUUUGCCACCAUCUGCCUGGUAAACCUGGUGUUCACCGGCUGCUGUGUGCCUGAGACCAAGGGCCGGUCUCUGGAGCAGAUCGAGUCCUACUUCCGCACUGGGCGGCGAUCCUUCCUGCAUUAGGCAAGGGUCCUGCCGGAGAGGGGCCUAAGCAGUAGGUGCCAGGCCUGUGUUGGCCACAGAGCUGCACUGAGGGUAGGGGUGUCUCUCUGCUGCAAGCUUAGCCCCAAAUGCCACAGGACCCCUCGGGAGAAUGUCCCAGUCUUAGUGCACAGGUCUGCAAGGCCUGCAAAGCUGUGGGCCCAGGGGAGUCCCUGGCCCAGGGGUGGGGACGCUGCUGGGCACCCUGGGGCCUGGCUCUUCACUGCCAUGAGGACCCGCCUUUCCUGGCAGGCCAUGACAUGGAUGGACUGGCGAGGGCAUCCUGUUCUGCAGCAGCACUCACUGCAGGCAUGUGGACCUACCUACAGGGAACAUUCCAGGCUCCUGCAGGGCUUGAGUGGAGAACAUGAGUUUCGCGAGCUGUUUUCACCUAUUUAUACAAUAAAGAAGCCGAACCCA